GCUAUAGCUACUUAUAAGUCUCUACAAUGACGCUGCUCACUCCGCUUGCCAGAACCACCAUCAUUACAAGCUGGCUCUUAGUGGGAGUCGCAUGCGCGUCCUUUGCACCACAGAUUGCUUCGCUCCGCAUCCAAAGAAAGAAUGUUUCUGCAGGCGAUGGCUGCCUCUUUGCUGCUUUUAUCGUGGGUGUCCUCGUUGUUGCACAAACAACCUGGGCCUUAAUCGACGAAGGUGCAGGAAAGCAUCUCGCAGACCUGGCAGAUCAGAAUAUAGCUGCGGCAGCAAAGAUAUUCUUUCCUGCGAGACCGCUGCUUUACAUCCUGGUCCUAAUUCUGUGUCUUUGCAUAGCGCACGGUGUUGCUUCCGUGCUUGAGACCUGUCUCAUCUGUCGUCCACUAGCCGCGCAGUGGAAUCCUCUAAGCGAAGGAGCUUGUGGGAAUCAGAUAGCUUCAUUCACUGCGAUCGAGGUAUCUGCCCUAGUGCUUGACCUUGCUAUACUUGGCUCACCACUACCCGAUAUAUUCUCACUUCACAUGAGCCGAGCUCAAAAGCUUGGGAUCAUAUCCAUGAUAGACUCUGGGGCUUUGAUACUCGUCGUGACAGGCUUACGACUCAAAGCAUUACAUCUUGCAACGUCGCCUGACUUUACGUAUUCAAAAAGCUACCUGGGCUUGCUGUCCGCUCUAGGCUCGAUGUUGGGUAUAUUCUUGUGCAGUUUGCCAGCUCUGUGGGUCAUGGUCUCCUCUCGGCAGGUUGCCAGCACUGACGGGCAUAAAUCCAAGACGAAUGCACCCGAAGGGCGUGGAACUAGAGUUAUUACCCAUAUGACGCCUGGUCAAGAGGGGUAGUCAAAUCUGGAAGGCCUGAGUGGAAUGUGUGACCUAGUGACUCGACAUCACCAGGAAUUUGGGAUUAAGUCUUUGUAAAAAGGAGCAGCGCGUAACUCAGGAUUCGCGUCGUAGUUGUAUUUCAGCACGUGACUGGUC